AUGUCUUCGGGCUUUGGCGGUGCACGAGUCAAUCAGCAGGAUACCAAGCAGAAAGAGUUCUCCACCAUCAACAAGGACCAGUGCAUCUUUCGGGAAGACGCAGAGGCGCGCGCGCGCCUGCUCUCCUCUGCUCUCCUCGUGUCGUCCAUGCGUGUACUCCUUGUCCCGUGGCAGGAUGGAAAGACGGUUUGGGAGCCUGGCUUACCCGCCCUGGUCACCAGCCGACGUCAGCAUCGUUCCAAACAGACUGCUACGGUGGUGGAGGAACCUCCAGUGCCUUGUGAUCUCAAGGCCACCUUGAAGCUUGGCGUUGCUCUUCAGAAGAUGUCAGCUCCAAGCAAGACGGAAUGGCUGGAAAAGGUCCUCAAAGCCAAAGCCAAAGCGCAGGACUCUCUUCUUCAAGGAUCAGUGGCCAUUUUUGAGGGAUCAGACGUCUUCAACAUCGUGACGCACCCGAAGUUCGCCUCUGGGGUCUCGGAGAAGUAUGGGAAGAAGAUGUUCCAGAUGGUGGCGGAACUUUGGAUGCGUCAGCUUGAUCGGAUGGGGGAUUGGGGUCUGAUUCGGAUGGACCUGGUGUCAGAGGAUGGACUCCCAAAAGAGACGACAUCUACUAUUUUACCUGUAAGUGUCGCUUGGUAG